CAUCCAUAGUCAUGGCGACCACGGGCAUGCAACUUCUCGGCCUGGUCAUGUCCCUCAUCGGUUGGGUCGGCGGCUUCCUGGUGUGCAUCCUGCCCAUGUGGCGCGUCACGGCCUUCAUCGGCAACAACAUCGUGACGGCGCAGAUCACGUGGGAGGGCCUGUGGAUGAACUGCAUCGUCCAGAGCACCGGCGAGAUCCAGUGCAAGGUGUACGACAGCCUGCUGGCCCUGCCCAGCGACAUGCAGGCCGCCCGCGGCUUCACCGUCAUGUCCGUGCUCCUCUGCUGCCUGGCGCUCACCCUGGGCGUGCUGGGCAUCAAGUGCACCAAGUGCGUGGGCCACCCGAGCCUGGAGGCCCGCCUGGCCCGCGUGGCCGGCGCCAUCUUCGUCAUCGCGGGCUUCCUCUACCUCGUGCCCGUGUGCUGGGCCGCCCACUCCAUCAUCAGGGAUUUCUACGACCCGUUCGUGGCGGCGCCGCACAAGCGUGAGCUGGGGCCCGCGCUCUACCUGGGCUGGGGCGCGUCCGCCAUGCUCCUGAUCGGCGGCUCGCUCCUCUACGCCGGCUCCAGCCCCCCGGGGAUUCCCUCCUCGCCCACCUUCAGCAGCGGGGAGAGCAGCCCGCGCCGGGGAGGGGCCGCACAGGUCAAAGGUUACGUCUAACACCGCCGAACAGCAGCUCUCACCCCAGGGAUCCUCUCUCUUAGUAUUCCCAAUUGUAAUAGAUUGAAUUUUAAUGUUCCUAUGUGGUAUUUUGUAUCAUGAUCAUGGCCUUGGUUACUGUCCAAUGGAGGUUGUGAAGAGAAAUGUGAAAUCAUGUAAUUAUUCCAACUCUUAUGUCCUCCAAUAACCCUGUCUAUGUGUGUGUAUAAAACAAAUAAAGUCCUCCGUCCUUUAAAAGCUUUGGCUGCAAACUGUUUCAAAAUCUGUCAUUCUCGCUCAAUGAGACAACCAUUAUGUUUCCGUCUUGAAUUGUUCAUUGUUGAAUCAUUCAAUAUUUGUAGUUUCUUAAACUAAAAAGUAAUUAAUGAGUGGGUUUGCUCAAAUGAACUUUUAAAACAUAAUAUAUACUUAAUAUGUACAUUUUACAUUCAUAGGACAAGAAAAAAACAUAUGUCUGUCUAACUCAUUGAUUCUGUUGUUAAUAAUGGAGAGACUGAAGUGGUAGAGCAAUGGUUUACAUAUGUUAUAUACAUGUAUAGGUGUUCUCUUUAUGUGUAUGUGUCUUUCUCACUCUCUAGCUCACAGUCUCACACAUACAGUACAGAGAGUGAGAGAGAGAGCAAGAGAGAAGGCACACAUUUGUUUAUUAAGCCUGCUAUGUAUUUCUCUGUUAUUGUUACGUUGUAGCAUGUCAAGGUUCAACCACACACGGUAAUAUGGAGUUAAAAAUGCAGCAUGCUAUACCAAGAAGUGUUCUUUCAGGGUUCAACUUAAGCAAUGGCCUGAUGGCCCCAGACAUGCUAGAAAGCAUGUUGGCCAGUCAGUUUUUCCACCAGUCACCAUCACGAGUCAGCUCAGCUCACCUGUGAUGCUAACAAGUUGGAGCUAAGCAUGUGAGGCUACUAAAAUAAAGAGGGAGCUCAUUACAAUGUUAUACAUUUUUAUACACAGCUCUGUGUAAAAGUGACAUUUCUUGGCCAAUAAAUAUACACAAGGGGGCCAAUGGGGGAAGGCUCUUAGGUUGGACACUGAACACUGGUUCUUGGCCCCAGAGAUCAGACGAUGGCGUCUUGCCUUUUCUGGUACCACUGUGCACACUGGCCUCUUAGUGCAGGGACAAAAGGCUCCUCACUCUCCUAAGGUAAUGACAUCAUCUGGUGUAGAAUCACCCCGUCUCCCAUUGUUUUAAAAGCUGAUGAUAAUGGAAGCCAAUGCAAUGUCAGGUCAACCAUACCAUAUUGCUGAUUCAGUGGGAUAUUCAUUCAACAUGCAAGGAAUGCUUCCCAAUUGUGUCUGUGUGCUUGUGUCUGCCAACUUUGUCAUCAUAAUUCCAAUGUAAAAGAAUCUUUAACAUUGUCCUUGUUCACUGUCUGCUUUGUACCCAUGCAUAUGUUGAAAUCCUUCGAACAGUGCAGCAGGCGACCACUGUAUGAAGCUCUGACUGCUGCCAAGAAGACAAUGGUGUUUUGUGGUGUGAGUGCCAUGUGGUGACUCAUACAUGACCUAAUGGCUCUGGUCAACUGAGGAGGAAGUAAAAUAAAACAGUACUGUAUGCAUCGGUUGUUAUUAUGGAAAAGGUGUUGGAAUUAUUGUUCAAUGCUUUUACCAUACAGUAAAAUCAAUGUAAGCUAUAUAGGCUAGGCCUACUCCAUUUUACUAUACAUUAUCAUGCGAAAAUUAAUAAACGCCAGAUGGCUAAAAUAA